ACCCGUGCGCGAUUACCGCACACAGGCGCGCACAUCCACGCGUCCUCGUUCCAUCUUCAUCUAUCUUUCCUCCCCCCCUCUCUCUUUCUCUCUCUCUCUACGAGGGACGUAUGGGAGGGGACGCUCGUGCUGAAUGUGUUUUUUCUGCAGCGUGCUUUACGGUACCGGAGAAGAAGAAGGAGAAGCACGCCGCUCCCCUCCGUUGGUCACGGAAUCGUUUGGUAUUGUGACAUUGCGCGCCUGCUUCUUAUUUUCUAAAUGGACCGAAGGGGAUGUGACUGAAAGCAGUGUGUAGUCUGCGCGCGUGUAACCGACUUGGAUUUAAACCUGACCCUGAGAUGAAUCACACUGCCCCGGUUGAUGCGCUCAUCUCCUCCGUCUUCUGGCUUCGGGGGCACUAAAAAUGCGGCUGAUAGCGCGGGUACCUGUCCUGGUUUCACACCGGUUCGGUUUGUCCCGAUAGACUGAUCUCGUCCGGUGCUGCGGUUUCCAAAGGGGCGAGCUGAGUGAUUUUUUUUUCUUUCUUAACCGGAUCCGUCACCAGUAGCCUGCCAGAUGGAUAACUACUCUACUUUACAACUGCAGUGUCUGGAAAUGACCACUAAACGGAAGCUGAUUGGCCGGCUGGUGCCGUGCCGUUGUUUCCGUGGUGAAGAGGAAGUGAUCUCAGUGUUGGACUACUCCCACUGCAGCCUGCAGCAGGUCCCCAAGGAAAUCUUCAGCUUUGAGAGAACUCUGGAGGAGCUCUACCUAGAUGCCAACCAGAUUGAGGAAUUACCCAAGCAACUCUUCAACUGCCAGGCCUUGAAGAAGCUGAGCAUGCCAGAUAACGACCUGUCCAACCUGCCCACCACCAUCGCCAGCCUGGUGAACCUAAAAGAGCUAGACAUCAGUAAAAACGGAAUCCAGGAGUUUCCAGACAAUAUAAAAUGCUGUAAAGGCUUGUCUGUGGUGGAAGCCAGUGUCAACCCCAUCACCAAACUCCCAGAUGGUUUUACGCAGCUCCUGAAUCUGACCCAGCUCUUUUUAAACGAUGCCUUCCUGGAGUAUCUGCCUGCUAACUUUGGGAGACUCUCCAAACUACGGAUCCUGGAGCUGAGGGAGAACCACCUGAAAACAAUGCCAAAGUCCAUCCACAGACUGACACAGCUCGAGAGGCUGGAUCUGGGUAGCAAUGAAUUUUCUGAAGUGCCGGAGGUGUUGGAACAGAUCCACAAUCUGAAGGAGCUAUGGCUGGAUAAUAACUCUCUGCAGACUAUACCAGGGGUGAGCAGAAGUUGGGACAAAAAGCUUCAUUCAAUAGGGAAGCUUCGUCAAUUGCGGUACUUGGACUUGGCUAAGAAUCGUAUCGAGACGUUGGACGCGGACAUUUCGGGCUGCGAGGCCUUGGAAGACCUGCUGCUAUCCUCCAACAUGCUGCAGCACCUUCCUGACUCUAUAGGAAUGUUAAAGAAGCUGACAACACUAAAGGUAGAUGACAACCAGCUGACCUCACUGCCUAACACCAUUGGGAGUCCGAAGCCCAAGCAAGGUCUGUCUCUACUGGAGGAGUUGGACUGUAGUUGUAAUGAGUUGGAGUCGCUGCCUCCCACCAUCGGCUACCUGCACAGCCUGAGAACCUUCGCUGCCGAUGAGAACUUCCUCUCAGAGCUGCCCCGCGAGAUCGGUAACUGCAAGAACGUGACCGUCAUGUCACUGCGCUCCAACAAACUGGAGUUUCUUCCUGAUGAGAUCGGACAGAUGACCAAACUGCGAGUCCUUAACCUCAGUGACAACAGGUUAAAGAAUCUACCGUUUACCUUCACUAAGCUGAAGGACCUGGCAGCUCUGUGGCUCUCUGACAAUCAGUCCAAGGCUCUGAUCCCACUGCAGACAGAAGCCCACCCAGAAACCAAACAGAAGGUUUUGACCAACUACAUGUUUCCCCAGCAGCCGCGACAUGAUGAGGAUUAUCAGUCGGACAGCGACAGCUUUAAUCCUACGCUGUGGGAGGAGCAGCGACAACAGAGGAUGACUGUGGCCUUCGACUUUGAGGACAAGAAAGAAGAGGAAGACAACUCUGGGAAGGUCAAGGUGGAGAUAAACCUAAAGCGCUAUCCAACGCCCUACCCUGAGGACCUGAAGAACAUGGUUAAGUCAGUGCAAAGUCUUGUGGGCAAAAGCGUACAUGCCGGACAUGGGCACCAGCACCAGCUGAGCACAGGCACCGCCACCUCGGCAGGAACCAACAUGGAACAUACACACCUCAGCAAAGAGCCAUAUGAACCACCGUGGCCCCUGCCUCCUAAAGAGGUGACAGACAGAGAGAUGCAGGACUUCUCUCAGACUCAGCUAAUGGAUCAGGGACCAAUGCAUAACUCUGGCAUCGAUAUUCCUAAGAGGAAGGACAAAGAGGACUUGACAGAGAGCUCUGAGGAUUCAAUGGGCGGCUCUCCGAACGACAUCCGUAUCUCUGACAUGAGGCCCACCCUGGUGGAGCCACCAAUGUACAAACCAAAGGUGGUGUUGCUGGGGAAGGAUAAGAAAGAGUCUACAGAUGAAGAAGUUGAUAAACUCCACUGUCUGAACCACAGCGGCUCGUCGGCCACCUACUCCGACUACUCUCCCUCACAGGGCUCCUCGGGCUCCUCCAACCCGCCCGGCAACACGCACUCACACACGCUGUCGCACGGACACCCCCACAAUCCCGCCCUACCGCCUCCUAGCAAGGACCAGGGCCCUCAGACGCACUGGACCAACAGACUUGCCCAGUCAUUUCCCAAGCCCAUUGACUCCAAGCCCCUGCUGUCUCAGAGAGAAACUCCUCCAUCAGGAACCCUGCAGCAACGUGGGGAUCGGCGUCCACUUAGCGAGCCUUUUGACUGGGUUGACGCACCUCACUACGACAACACAGGUUUCGAUGCAGAGGAGUCUCCUCUGGACCCUCCUUCAUCUACCACCAGUCAGGGAAACCCUCCGCUGGGCUCUAAACCUCGCAGCUCAUCAGCACACGGCCGCCGCCCCCUCCUCAGGCAAGACCGAAUCGUAGGGGUCCCGUUGGAAUUGGACACCCAGACACUCCCCUUCCAUGGCAACCAACGACCGAACCAGGACAAUGACUCGCAAUCCUCCGGACAUCCUCCCCAGAAUCCCUGGCAGAAUUGGACCAGGACCCCGAGCCCCCUGGAGGACAGAACCGCUUUUCCUUCCAAGCUGGACCUUACACCUACUUCCAGCCCCAAUCCUGAUCGCAAGGACAUGGAUUCAAGGCUUCAGCAAAGCACAGUGCCUUUGCCCGGCAGCUGGACAUAUCACGACAAUGAGGGGGAGCAGAACAGGAAGGAUCAGCUCAGUGUAGGCGGGGUCAACAAGGUGACCGUGGUGAUGAGUAAAAGCUCAGAUCGCCUGUCCCCCAUGAUGAAGGAGACGAGAUCCAAGUUUAAGAAGUCACAGAGCAUAGACGAGAUUGACAUCGGCUCCUACAAGGUCUACAGCAUUCCCAUGGACAGCUAUAGUUCAUCCAUUGAGCAGCAAACUAGUUUGGACCGUCCAGAGCUUCCCGGUUCUAUGGAGCAGACCAACAUGUCACGGUCACAGUCUGCCCCCAUGUUAGAUGAGGAGAUGGGAUACCCCGGACACGGAUCUGGCGACCAAAACCAGAGACAGAACCAAAAACCUGCCAUCCCACAAAAGGCUUACCACUUUGACCACAACUACAACCCGCAGGUUCGAUGGAGUUGUGAACCAUUGGUGACCAUGGAUCGCCGGGUCCCUCCCCCUUUCCCCAACACACCAGAUUAUGUCAACCACUCAUCGAAGGCUUUGGAGUACCUCAACCAACCAGGGAAGACACUACCCAAAGAGCUAGUGAGCCCUCGGUAUCGUGCUUAUCCACCCUUGGAGAUGUUUUCUUUCCCCCAGUCGCCAAUCAACCAAGAUGGUCCGCCCAGCCAGCAGCAGCAACCAAUCCCAAGUCAGCGCUCCAGACCAGGGUUUCUAAGAAGAGCAGACUCACUGGUGAGCUCUACGGAGCUCGCCUUGUUCCGACGGGUUCAUGAAGCUCAGCAGGAGGCGCUCCAAGAGUCUCAGUACAGACAACAGGCGGAUCCCCCUCUUUAUGGCCGGGCUGUCUACUCCACCCCCAUGGAGCACUCCGCGAUGAGUAAUAUGGCCGACAACCAGAGUCAGAUGCUGCACAACAAGAGAAACGGUCGUUAUGACGACGACUACCCCACUUACCAGGAGCAGAAGAAGCCCAUGAUUGGUUAUCCAACCAAGAGCCUGACUCAGCGGCGUCCCCUGUCUGCCAGAAGUUAUAGCACUGAGACCUACGGAGCAUCUCAGGCACGUCCAGUGUCCGCCCGUCCCACCAUGGCCGCUCUGCUAGAGAAGAUGCCACCUGACUACACCCUGGCAACCUGCCCCGAGAAGCCACCCGAUGACACCAUCAAAGUAAGACCUGUUGUACCCCAGAAACCUGAAGACAUCACCUCCAAGAUGCCUGCCGACUGGAGACAACAGCUACUCAGGCACAUAGAGGCGAAACGACUGGACAGGAGUGGUGUCCUAAAGCACAACACGCUCACGCUGGGCAUGCUCUGUCAGGGCGGGGGUCACGGCCAGGGGCGCAGCAGCACUUUGAACUUUAACCUUUACAAUAACACUAAGCAUGAGCCCCCUGCUGGCCGCUGGCUGCCACUACCUCCACCUCCGUCUGCUAACGCUACCCCGUCUCAGCAGGGUGGCGUGCUGGACAAUGACCAGGAGGGGGUGUCAGGAAGCAACCAGUGGGCUCCCUAUUCACUAGGCAGGAGGGACGUCCCACCUGACAACAUGUUAAAAAAGAGCGCCCAUUCCCACAACCCUUCCCAUCAAUCACACAACACCAUGAUCGUCACUUCCUCUUCCUCCUCCUCGGCCACUACACCUCAUCGUGUGGUGGGUCAGCAGGGCUACGAUGGGAUGAUGAGCAAAGGAGGCCAAUACAACCAAGGGAUGCAGCUGUCGGUGGUCCCAUCCGGGGGGCCGGGACAGUACCAAGGCAACAUGUCUCAAGCCCCUGGACAAGCUUACCCCAGCGGUGGCCUGCCUAUGGCCCUGUCCCAAUCCGGAAACCAACCCCAGUACAACCCCCAUACCUCUCACACCUCCCAUCAGCCCGCUACCAAUCCUCAGUACCAUGUCAACCAGGGCAUGGGCCAUAGCAACCAGGUCGUUAUGACCACCCACACCAACCCACGGCCUCAGAGCGCUCGCUGCCUGUUGCAGACUAAAGGCCAGAAGAGCACGGAUGGUUUUCAGGAGCAGCUGUGCGUGAGAAUAGAGAAGAACCCUGGUCUCGGUUUCAGUAUCUCUGGUGGCAUCAGCGGCCAGGGGAACCCCUUCAAACCCUCCGACAUGGGUAUCUUUGUUACUAGGGUACAGCAUGACGGGCCUGCCGCCUCCGCCCUGCAGCCCGGAGACAAGAUACUGCAGCAUGACUGUGUAGCUCCUCCUCUUCUCUCUCUUUUCCCCAACAGUGAUGUGUUACUGAGAUAAUGAUGGCAGUGACCCUCCAUCCUUCCACAAAACACUCACACAUAGACAUGUGUAUGGGAAACUUAAACGAGCCGCAGCACAUAUACCUCUAUACACACGUGCACCCACACACAUGCUGUUGACUGUGCUGCGUGUUUGCCUUGCAGGCUAACGGACAUAGUUUUUUACACAUGGAGCACGAGACAGCCGUCUCUCUGCUGAAGAGUUUCCCGCGGACGGUGGACUUGGUGGUUCUGAGAGACAGCAGCACGCGCUAAAAUAGUUUUUAAAAACAAACAAAACAAAUACAGCAACGCUUCUCUACUCUGCUCAUCGCCAUCCCACGCCAUCCCACCUGCCCUCCUCUGGAGGUUUAUGGAACUGAAAAUUGAGCCGCAUUUUUUUCCCCCCUUUUUUUGUUGUUUUUUUAAAACAUUUUUAAGGGAACAGUCAGACAUUUAUUUGCCUAUUGCUGGACCAAAGGCAAAUACCAGUGCCAAAUGUAUCAUAGGAAACAUAUCGGCUCUUCUGUCUACCGGCGGUCAGCGAUCUGAUCUGAUCGACGGCUGGACGGACCGCAAGAGGACUAUACACUUUAAAGUUCCUACAGGGCUGCUGCAGUUUGGAUUUUGUGGUUGGUUUGUGAUUUAAGCUGCCAUCUGAGCGGUCAGUCUGAGUAGUUUUUGUCGGUUAGUUAGAUUUUGGGAUAUUUUUCUUUCUUUUCUCCACUGCCGUCCAUUGUGAAUUUAAAGUAUUUUGUUUGGUGUAGCACAUGGUUCGCUUUCCUUGUUCUUCAUAGCUUUAUUAUUUCUUUCGCAUCUUCCGUCUUUUUCCCCCACUUUUCAGUCCUUUUUCUAUCACGGUCUUUGAUUUUCAUACUCCUCUGAUAUAUUUUUUGUUCUGUUCUGCAGGUUUUUGCCUCCACUGUACAGAAAUUGAAACUUAAGACUCUGCCUUGUGUACAUACAUAGAGAUUCAGCUUGUUAGAACUCUCCUUGGGGCCUGAGCAGACAGCUCUUAAAAGUUUAUGAUUCAUAUGAUUAUUGUUGAUAAACUAUAUUCUCAAUUCCCUCCUGUGGAAAUACAGGGGUCGUUCCUUCAAAUGGUUUUCUAAAGAGUAUAUCACCGUUUUAUGUGUAUAGAAAACACUUUUCAUAGUUCAUCACUGCUACUUGUUUUUUUUCUUUUCUCUUAUCAAAAGCUGUUGCUUGCACAGCUGUGCUGAAAGGAGCUAAAGCAAUAUUUCUGAGGCUCGGCCCAUUGAGCUUUUCAGCAGAGCCUUACUUGUCCUGCAGUGCCAUCUAUUGAGCAAGUCAUGCUAAUGUUUACACACACUGCCAUGCACAUAAACUAACAGGCAAAUACACACAUAAAAUUACACAUAUCUAUUCUCUGCAAUGUUGCAUAAUGCAUCCCUCAUUUUAGAAAAUCAUUUCCAUUAUAAAACUGGUCCAUUAAUAUUAACUGUGCCAUCUUUUUAAAGUCCUGUCUUAUGUUGUGCAGUGAUGUCACAUCCCUUUUGAGGUGUUUAUAAGUCACAGCAUGCUUUUACAUCACUGGACACUGACAGAUAGACAUUUUCUGUUGGCUUCUAGACGUCUCUACUCUCUAGACGUAUUAAAGCACUAAGUGCUGCUCGUUGAUCUGUGCCAUAUGCAGCCUCUGGCGCUCCUCGGUUGUAUUUACAACAAUAUCAGAGCUUUACCUCUUUGUGGCCCAGAACUGAUCUGCACACACUAAAAUCAAAAACGUGGCUUCAGUGAGCCGGUAAGCUGUUCUAUAGUUGUUGACUCGGCUUCAGCAUCUCCUCUGCUGAAGUCUCCUGACCUUUGGCCUUCCUGUGGAAAGCAGUGUGAGACACUAAUGCCCCUACAAGCAUCUGCAAGGUUUCAUUUUAGGAGGAUAAAUCAGAUAUCGUCUCUUUUUUUGACAAUCGGGGAAACAUCUGAUUUGUGUCACAUGUGGUUUCGGUUACACUUGAAUUUUAAAAGUCGAGGAGAUGCUGAUUGAUACCAGGCAUACACGGAAGGCUUGCUGACUUUGCUGGUACAUGCUCAAACUAUUUAAAAGAACAGGGAAAACGAAAGUUAUGGUGGACCUGAUGGGUCAACGGUACUGCAAUUUAAGAAAACAUCAGCAAACAGAAAAAUGCUGCAAAAGGUCACAAAAGAAAAAAGAAGGGGGAAAAAACCCUUGGAAAACAUAAUGGAAGUGUAUUAGGGGAGAUAAUAAUGUGACAGAACCAAAACAUGCAAAGGGUUGCACCGACACACGCUGAAACGAAGUGGAGGAUUCUUGUGAGGGAAAAACAAAUGCAAGGUACUGUGUGUUUAAAUCGCAUAAUACCAUAAAUAUAUGUUUGCUAUUAGCCGAUUACUGUUAGCUUGUCACGUCGGCAGCUGCUCCGUCAUGUUAUUGUGUCCCCAAAACACUUCCGUUGUAUUUUGUGAGGGUUUUUUUGUUUUUUGUUUGAUUUUUAGCUUUUGCAGCCUUAUUCCAUUUGCCAAUGUUUUGUAAAAUUGCAGCGCGUUUGACCUCUCAGGGCCACCGUAGCAAUAGACUCUAUGUAAAAAAGCAAAAAGAGAAAAAAAAUACACGAAAACAGAGAUUGAAAGCCUUUGCUCUGUAGUCUGGCUUUUAUAGUCACGCUUGAGAAGAUGUACUGACUGAAAUACAGAGGCUCAUUCUUUUUGUCUUUAUGUAAAUGCACCAUGGGUCUUGAAGGCAUUUCAUGGCAGUGAGUUUUGUUCUGUUCUGCAUAACAUCUGAUGUUUCAUCCAGAGUGAACCAUCCUUCACUGUCCUUUUGAUUUCACUUGACAGGUGCCCUUUUUGUGUCAACUCUCCAAAUACGAUUUCCAUCAGUUUAUCAAUAGGAGACACAAAACGGCACAGUUUAAUCAUGUGGUUAGGAGAGUUAACCACAGGUACCCACCCCGACCCUAUUUAGAGUUUGAAAUAUCAAAGAUAUUGUGAUGAGAACAGAGUAAAAGGUUUGAUAAUAUAAUUAUUUUUUACUACAUGUUUCAGGUAAUUCUUUCUAAAUAUAUUGAUAUACCUUAGCUUUGCUCAAAAAUUGUGAUAUUUUAUAAUGACACUUAUAACAAAGUUAUGGAUGGAAGUACGCACAGUAUGACUUGGAGACCUACACAUGUACUAUCCAAAACUGUAUAAAAUGUAUUUCUACUGUAAUUGUGAAUUUGUGUUAUACAAAUAUAUAUUAUAUAUAUGUAUAUGACUAUUUAAAAAAAAUUCAGUCAUUUUCUAUGUGUUUAAACUGCUAAAAGAGCUGAACAAAUGAGGGCGGUGUCACUGUACAUAGCUGUGAAUGAAAUCCAAUUUAAAAAUGACUCAUAUUGAUUGUGAAUGUACUCAUGCUUUCUGCAGUACCUACACCUACCCAACUUGAAUGCUGCUUCUUCUGUUGUGUGACAAAAAGUACUUUGACCUCCGAAGAGAGAAACGCUGUCGAGUUUAUAAGUUGGACAAAUUUUAGUGACGAUUUAACAGAAACUAUUUAUUUCUUUAUUUAUUUGCACAUGCAAGUUGAAAUCCUUCCAGUUUUAAGUUUGAGUAUUAAUGCGGAGAAAUGUAAUUGCCGAAGUAUAUAUAAUAUAUAUCAUGUGUUUAGAAUGCAUUUUGCAGACGCUAUCUGUACAUACUAUUUAAGAUACAGUUUUUACAAAAAAUAAUAUAUGUAUAAAAUUGAAAAAAUGCUGUGCAGCGAUUAUACUGGAGCCAUUUUGGGCUUUGGGACGUACCAUUUUUUCAGUAUAUAAGAAGUGUUUUGAAUAAUGUACUAAAGUCUCUAUUGUACAAAUAAUAAAAAUGUCACUAUUGGUAAUAUGG